AAAAAUAUAAAAAAGGAAAAUUCAUAUUUCUUAGCUUCCAGAAUAUGGGAAGAGAAAGGAAAGAGGAGGAAGCCACUACAUAGAUUUAAGACACAGUCGCCACUGCGAUUAGGUUUUAUCUUUACCGUUCUGUAUCUCUAUUUGACCAAUGACAGGAGAAAAAUACAUAAGUUAAAGCUUGGAGUUUGGGAGCUACAAUCUUUGACAGAUUGUUGUUAUUAAAUAGUGGAUACUGUUAUCAAUGGCGUGGUUUAGAGCAGGCACUAACGUUGCAAGGCUUGCCAUUAAGAGGACUCUAUGUCAGAGUGGGUCGUACACAACUAGAGUACGGUUCAUUCCAUCUCAGAGUCGAUAUUUCCAUACCACUGUCUUUAAGUCCAAGGCGCAAACUGCACCAGUCCCACGACCUGUUCCUCUUUCCAGGCUAACUGAUAGCUUCUUAGAUGGAACCAGCAGUGUUUACUUGGAGGAGCUACAGAGAGCUUGGGAAGCUGACCCAAAUAGUGUGGAUGAGUCAUGGGACAAUUUCUUUAGAAACUUUGUGGGUCAGGCAGCAACAUCCCCUGGAAUUUCAGGCCAGACAAUUCAGGAGAGUAUGCGUUUACUGUUGCUUGUGAGGGCAUACCAGGUUAAUGGCCACAUGAAAGCUAAGUUGGACCCACUGGGGUUGGAAGAAAGAGAAAUUCCUGAGGAUUUAGACCCAGCACUUUAUGGGUUUACAGAAGCUGAUCUUGAUCGAGAAUUCUUUUUAGGGGUGUGGAGAAUGUCUGGGUUCUUAUCUGAAAACCGUCCAGUGCAGACCCUUAGGUCCAUAUUGACUCGGCUUGAGCAGGCUUAUUGUGGGAGCAUUGGCUUUGAGUAUAUGCACAUUGCAGAUCGGGAUAAAUGUAACUGGUUGAGAGACAAGAUUGAAACCCCAACUCCUAUGCAGUACAAUCGUCAGCGUCGUGAGGUUAUUCUUGAUAGGUUGAUAUGGAGCACACAAUUUGAGAACUUCUUGGCUACAAAGUGGACAACAGCAAAGAGGUUUGGGCUUGAAGGUGGGGAAACUCUGAUUCCUGGCAUGAAGGAGAUGUUUGAUAGGUCUGCAGAUCUUGGAGUUGAGAGCAUAGUUAUUGGAAUGCCUCAUAGAGGAAGAUUAAAUGUUCUUGGUAAUGUUGUUCGGAAGCCUCUCCGACAAAUAUUUAGCGAAUUUAGUGGUGGCACAAAGCCUGUAGAUGAAGUUGGUCUCUACACAGGAACUGGUGAUGUCAAGUAUCACUUGGGAACUUCUUAUGAUCGUCCAACCAGAGGUGGAAAGAGAAUCCAUUUGUCUUUGGUUGCAAAUCCUAGUCACUUGGAGGCUGUGGAUCCAGUUGUUGUUGGAAAGACUAGAGCUAAGCAAUAUUACUCCCAAGAUGCAGACAGGACAAAAAAUAUGGGAAUUUUGAUUCAUGGUGAUGGUAGCUUUGCAGGUCAAGGUGUAGUGUAUGAAACUCUGCAUCUUAGUGCACUGCCAAACUACACUACUGGUGGGACUAUACACAUUGUGGUGAAUAACCAAGUUGCUUUCACAACUGAUCCAAGGGCAGGCAGAUCUUCUCAGUAUUGCACUGAUGUUGCAAAGGCUUUGAAUGCCCCAAUUUUCCAUGUAAAUGGAGAUGAUGUGGAGGCAGUUGUUCAUGCCUGUGAGCUGGCAGCUGAAUGGCGCCAGACUUUCCAUUCGGAUGUUGUGGUUGAUUUGGUUUGUUAUCGUCGAUUUGGGCAUAAUGAGAUUGAUGAGCCAUCUUUCACACAACCCAAAAUGUAUCAGGUCAUUCGAAACCAUCCCUCAGCUCUGGAAAUUUACCAAAGGAAACUUUUAGAAUCAGGCCAGGUGGGUGACGAAGAUAUUAAGAAGAUACAGAAGAAGGUCAUUACAAUCCUUAAUGAAGAAUUCUUGGCUAGCAAAGAUUAUGUCCCUAAAAGAAGAGAUUGGCUUUCAUCUCAUUGGGCUGGGUUUAAGUCUCCUGAGCAGCUGUCACGUGUCCGCAACACUGGGGUGAAACCUGAGAUCUUGAAGAAUGUUGGCAAAGCAAUCACAACUCUUCCAGAGAAUUUCAAGCCUCACAGAGCUGUAAAAAAGGUUUAUGAACAUCGUGCACAAAUGAUUGAAACAGGGGAAGGAAUUGACUGGGCAGUUGCAGAAGCCCUUGCUUUUGCUACUUUACUUGUAGAAGGUAAUCAUGUUAGAUUGAGUGGUCAGGAUGUUGAAAGAGGUACAUUUAGUCAUCGGCAUUCUGUAGUUCAUGAUCAAGAAAACGGGGAGAAGUAUUGCCCUCUGGACCAUGUUGUUAUGAACCAAGAUGAGGAGAUGUUUACUGUCAGCAACAGUUCUCUUUCAGAGUUUGGUGUUCUAGGUUUUGAAUUGGGUUACUCAAUGGAAAGUCCCAAUUCAUUAGUAAUCUGGGAAGCUCAAUUUGGUGACUUUGCUAAUGGGGCCCAAGUGAUAUUUGACCAGUUCCUGAGCAGUGGUGAAUCAAAAUGGUUGCGUCAAACUGGGCUAGUUGUGCUUCUUCCUCAUGGAUAUGACGGUCAGGGUCCUGAACAUUCAAGUGCACGGUUGGAACGCUUCCUUCAGAUGAGUGAUGAUAAUCCUUAUGUUAUUCCUGAAAUGGACCCAACUCUCCGGAAACAAAUUCAGGAAUGUAACUGGCAGGUUGUGAAUGUCACAACCCCUGCUAAUUACUUCCAUGUCUUGCGGCGCCAGAUACACAGAGAUUUCCGUAAGCCCCUCAUUGUGAUGGCUCCCAAAAACCUACUUCGUCACAAGGACUGCAAAUCAAAUCUGUCUGAGUUUGACGAUGUCCAAGGCCAUCCUGGCUUUGACAAACAGGGAACCAGAUUUAAGCGUCUGAUAAAGGAUCAGAAUGACCAUGCUGAUCUUGAAGAGGGUAUCAGACGUCUGGUUCUUUGCUCCGGAAAGGUUUAUUAUGAGCUUGAUGAAGAACGCAAAAAGACUGGUGCAAAGGAUGUUGCAAUUUGUAGAGUGGAGCAGCUGUGUCCAUUCCCAUAUGAUCUGAUCCAGCGUGAGCUUAAGCGAUAUCCAAAUGCGGAAAUCGUUUGGUGCCAGGAAGAGCCAAUGAACAUGGGUGCAUACAAUUACAUUACACCUCGCCUUAGCACUGCCAUGCAUGCACUGGGAAGGGGAACUACGGAGGACGUCAAGUAUGUCGGACGAGCUCCAUCUGCUGCGACAGCUACUGGUUUCUACCAGGUGCAUGUGAAGGAGCAGACUGAGCUUGUGCAAAAGGCGUUGCAAAAGGAGCCAAUUAAUUAUCCCUACUGAGGCCCUCAAAAUCCAUUAAACUAAAGAACAAUAACGGUCAUCCAGGGAUAAAUCUCCCUUUGUGGAAGCCAGAUGUUGUCUAAAAUCUUGUUUUUGAUGCUUAUUUUCAUACACCUGUUUUAGCCCAAGGCAUCUUGGUUUUUCUAUACAUGCUGAGUCGCACAUAAAUACUCUGAUUCUAAUUAAAUGUUUUGCCGUUGUCUCCUUAUAAAGUUCAGAUAUUGGUAAACAAUCUGAGAAGUUUAGUCACUGUAAUUCUCUCUUUGCUAAAACGAGGUGAUAAGCUGGACAAUUGUUCCUGA